AUGACUGGUUAUUGUCCAUUGAACAUGACCAAACAGUCUCAUUUGUGGAAAGUUUGUUUAGCAUCUCUUCUACUUGCAAAUCCAAAGUCAUCUAAUUUAAGGAUUCAAGAAGGAUUGGAAGAAUUGAACGAGGUGGGUGGUUUGACAGCAGUUGCACUUGGAUGGUAUAUGGCGAAGCGUGGAACGUUAGUAGCUGCACGGUAUGUUGAAGCAAAGUUGGGAAAACCGAGUUUAGUACGGGAAACAUCGCGUUUGACUCCACUGGAACUUAUUAAGCAUCCGGUUCGCAGCAGAACAAAGUUGUUCAAAAAGGAAGAGGAUCCACUUAAGGGUAUAAUAUUAAGUCCAGGCUUAGAGUCACAACUUCGUGAUUUGGCAAUUAAAACAAAAAAUACCAAGCGCAAUAAUGGUUUUUUUCAAAAUGUUCUUUUUUAUGGACCACCUGGUGCUGGCAAAACACUUUUUGCAAAGAGUCUUGCUCAUCAUUCAAGUUUGGAUUAUGCGAUACUCACUGGGGGUGAUGUUGCACCUAUGGGUCGUGAUGGUGUUUCAGCUAUGCACAAAGUAUUUGAUUGGGCAGAAAGUUCUCGUAAAGGAUUAUUAUUAUUCAUUGAUGAAGCUGAUGCUUUUCUUCGUAAACGUGCGAAAGCACAGAUCAGCGAAGAUUUGCGAGCAACUUUAAAUGCUUUUUUGUAUAGAACGGGCGAACAGUCCAGAAAAUUUAUGUUAAUUAUUGCUUCGAACCAGCCGGAGGAUUUCGAUUGGGCUAUUAAUGAUCGUUUGGAUCAAGUUAUUGAAUUCACUCUUCCUGGAAUGAUAGAACGAGAGCGAAUUUUAUUGCAAUAUUUUUCUGAAUUUAUUGCUAUACCGGCAACAUCUGGCUCCAAAAAGCAACGACUGAAGUUGGUAGAUUUUGACUGGGUUAAGAAAUGUGCUGAAAUUGCCAAAAAAACAGAAGGGUUGAGCGGCAGAGAACUAUCAAAAUUAGUUCUUGGAUGGCAAGCAUCUGCUUAUGCAACUGUUGAUGGUCUUUUAACCUCAGAAAUCAUCGAUUACAAUACUGCAAAAAUGAUGGAACAACAUAGUCGUAAAAUGGCUUGGUUAGACAAAGAGCAACUCGAUGUUCGCGAAAGAGCAGUGGAAGUAAUUUAA